AUGAGAGUCGAAAGUGCGAAAUUGGUAGUAUGGUGCUUUUUGAUUGGCUCGGUUUCUUCCUGGACAGUAUCACAAUCAUUUCAGAAGACUAGAGUUUUGGAUGCUGGGGGGUUCCACCAGUUGCACAUGUCCGACCCUUAUUCGAGCUAUCUCAAUAACUGGAAUAACCGAAGUGGAGAUAGAAAGAUCCCAAAGGAAGACCAAGACGAAGAACCAGAAGGACAAGCCAAUACUCGUUUCAGUAAAUUCGCACCUGAGACCAACCUUUCGACCGACGACUUUCGUGCGCAACUAAAAGAAAACAUGAAGGCGGACUUGGAACGGCGACGAAGAGAAGAUCCUAAUCGAGGAAACCAGCCAGCCAAAAGUUACCUUGAUAGUCUUUAG